AAAAUGACGUCAUGAAAUGCUUUGGGUUUUUGAAUGAUAGGCGCGGUCUCCCUCCUCAACUAACUGAGCAGUCCAAGGUGAGGAAGACAAAUGGCAGACAACAGUCCAAAUGCCUUCAAGACCCCCAAAAGGAGGAAUGUGAAAAGCCCUCCAACGGGAACCCCCGUCAUGAUUCCAGCGUCUCCCUUUAUGAAGAAGUUGGGAUGUGGAACAGGGGUUAAUGUUUAUCUGAUGGAAAGAAUGGGAAAGCAGACGCAUUCUCCAUGGGCCAUUAAAAAGAUCAACAGCAAAUGCGCAAAGACCCAACAGAAUGUGUACCAGAAACGUCUGAAUGAAGAGGCGAAGAUUCUGAAAGACAUACAGCAUCCCAACAUUGUUGGUUUCCGUGCUUUCACAACAUCUAAGGAUGGCUCCAAAUGUCUUGCCAUGGAGUACGGGGGAGAGCAGUCUCUCAAUGAUCUCAUUGAGAAGAGGAGGGAGGAAGGACUCAAGGCUUUCCCUGCUCCACUCAUCGAGAAAGUGGCUCUGCAUGUGGCUCGAGGCCUUCAGUACCUUCACAAUGAGAAGAAGCUACUACACGGUGACAUGAAGUCCUGUAAUGUGGUCAUCAGGGGCGACUUUGAUACGGUCAAGAUCUGUGAUGUAGGGGUGUCCCUCAGAUUGGAUGAGAACAUGCAGGUGAGUGACCCAAAAGCUCGCUACAUUGGCACAGAGCCAUGGAAGCCCAAGGAGGCGCUGGAAGGAGGGGUCAUAACAGACAAGGCGGACAUCUUUGCCUACGGCCUGACGCUGUGGGAGAUGAUGACUCUCUCCAUGCCUCAUCUGGAGAUGCUGGAUGAUGAGGAUGAAGAAGACGAUGAUGAGGAAGAUGAAGACGAGUCUUUUGAGGAGGACUUUGACGAGGACGCCUACUACGAGCGCCUGGGCACCCGCCCACCCCUGGACAUGGAGACACUGGGCGGAGCCUACCAGCGCAUGGCGGAGCUCUUCUGCCUUUGCACGGAGGAGGACCCUCGGAAGCGGCCAUCCGCCGCACACAUCGUCCAGGUCCUGGAGUCUAACAACGCACAGGUCAACGAAGCAGACAGCGAGGUCAUAGUUAUCGACUAGCAGAGAAGUAGUGGACGCUGUACAUUUUUACCCAAGAGCAUAAGGUGUAACACGGGUUCUUUAAACUGUUCUUAAUCUAAACGCAAUACUGUACAGUACUCUUAAAGGUUCUCCUUUGAGAAGAAACCAGAGGGUUCUAAACAGCAUUUGUUAUGAUAUACACUGCUGAUAUGGGCUAAACUGGAAAUGUCUUUUUUUUUUUUUUGUUGAGAUUUCUGAUUUUGUCACUUUGUUUUACUGUUCUACAGUUUUACUGUUCUAAACUCUUGUCCAUUGUCACUUCUGUAUGUUUUAUACAUGUCAAAAUACUUCUUUUAAAUAGUAUAUAUAUUCACAGACAGAUCAUGGAGAAUAAAGUGACUGCUUGCA